GCGGCAGCCACCACCACGGCUGCCGUCGCCGACAGGGGGGCUCCUUCGCUUCGCCGAGGCGCUUUGUUGUUGGAACGGCCCUGUUGACUUUUCUUCCAUUCUUUCUCCAAUGGUCCAAAGCGACAUGUCCAGAUCGCCUCCCACCCUAGCCACGGCGGCGCAGGAGAUGCAGAUGGAGCUGCUGGACAAUCCCCCGGCGCUGGUUACGGCGGUGCAGUCUUACAACAAAGGGGCAAGAAGAAAAAACAGAUUUAAAGGCUCAGAUGGGAGUACGUCUUCUGACACUACCUCUAACAGUUUCGUCCGACAGGGUUCGGCGGACUCCUACACCAGCCGUCCGUCUGAUUCAGAUGUAUCUCUUGAGGAAGACAGAGAGGCAGUGCGGAGAGAGGCAGAGCGACAGGCCCAGACACAGCUGGAAAAAGCAAAGACAAAACCUGUUGCAUUUGCAGUCCGAACAAAUGUUAGCUACAGUGCAGCCCAUGAUGAUGACGUACCAGUCCCAGGCAUGGCCAUCUCAUUUGAAGCGAAGGAUUUCCUACAUGUUAAAGAAAAAUUUAAUAAUGACUGGUGGAUAGGACGUUUGGUAAAAGAAGGUUGUGAAAUUGGAUUCAUACCAAGUCCAGUCAAAUUGGAAAACAUGAGGCUGCAGCAUGAACAAAAGGCAAAGCAAGGAAAAUUUUACUCCAGUAAAUCAGGAGGAAAUUCAUCAUCCAGUUUGGGUGACGUGGUACCUAGUUCAAGAAAGUCUACACCUCCAUCAUCUGCUAUAGACAUAGAUGCCACUGGUUUAGAUGCAGAAGAAAUUGAUAUUCCAGCAAACCAUCGCUCCCCCAAACCCAGUGCAAACAGUGUCACAUCACCCCACUCCAAAGAGAAAAGAAUGCCCUUCUUUAAGAAGACAGAGCACAUCCCUCCAUAUGAUGUAGUGCCUUCUAUGCGACCAGUAGUCUUAGUGGGGCCUUCCUUAAAGGGAUAUGAGGUGACAGACAUGAUGCAAAAAGCAUUAUUUGAUUUUUUAAAACAUAGAUUUGAAGGGCGUAUAUCAAUCACACGGGUCACAGCAGACAUCUCGCUUGCCAAACGCUCAGUAUUAAACAAUCCCAGCAAGCAUGCGAUAAUAGAACGAUCCAAUACAAGGUCAAGUUUAGCUGAAGUUCAGAGUGAAAUUGAACGGAUAUUUGAAUUAGCAAGGACAUUACAGCUGGUAGUACUUGAUGCUGACACUAUUAAUCAUCCAGCUCAACUUAGUAAAACCUCUCUGGCUCCCAUUAUAGUGUAUGUAAAGAUUUCUUCUCCGAAGGUUUUACAGAGGUUGAUAAAAUCCCGAGGGAAAUCUCAGGCUAAGCACCUUAAUGUUCAAAUGGUAGCAGCUGAUAAACUGGCUCAGUGCCCUCCAGAAAUGUUUGACGUGAUUCUGGAUGAGAACCAGCUUGAAGAUGCUUGCGAGCAUCUGGCUGACUAUUUGGAAGCCUAUUGGAAGGCCACGCAUCCUGCCAGCAGCCACCCCCCUAGUCAGCUUCUCACUCGAACCCUGGCAACUGCCACUCUUCCUAUCAACCCAGGCCCAAAUGUUAAUUUACAGGGCUCUCAAGGAGAUCAGAGGAAUGAACAAUCAGCCCCUGAACGAACUGGUUCCCAAGGGGAAGAAGAAGCACGGGCUGAACCCACCAGGAAAUCCCAACACCGCUCUUCUUCUUCGAGUCAUCACCAUAACCAUCGUAGUGGAACUAGCCGGGGCCUGUCUAGGCAAGAAACGUUUGACUCAGAAACACAAGACAGCAGAGAUUCAGCAUACCUAGAGCCAAAGGAGGACUACUCACAUGAACACUACGAUUCUCAUAGAGACCACAGUCACAGGGACGAGUCCCACGGGAGCAGUGAUCACAGACAUCGAGAAUCAAGGCAUCGCUCAAAGGAAAGAGACCGAGAGCAAGACCAUAAUGAAGGCAACAAGCAGCGGAGCCGUCAUAAAUCAAGGGACCAGUAUUGUGACAGGGAUGGGGAAGUGGUAUCUAAAAAACGCAACGAUACAGCCGAAUGGAAGAGGGAUGUGUAUAUCCACCAGUAACAUUUGCCUCCGGCAGUUUUGUGUUUCUUUUGAAGUUGUGUAUGACAAAGGCCCUUUAAAAAACAAAAACAAAAAACUAAUCUGGGUUUUUCAUUGCAGAACACAUGGCAUCCUGUAUAUGCUGAUUUUGUAUUGCUGUUGCUUUCAUGGCAAUGGCAUGAAAUAGAAUAUUCAUUUUUAUUAGUGCUAUAACACCUUGGCAUAGUACAACUGCAAAGUUCCUCAUGUUGUACCGUGCUUUUUUUUUUUAAUUUUGUUUUCCAAAGCUGUUUUUGGUAGCUGCCACUUGAACAAUAUCUGUUGCCAUCAAGGUGUUGUUAGUGUUUUCAGACAAAAUACAGUUGAUGUUUAAUAACUUCCCAUGUUUUCCAGCAAGCCAAAAUCAGCACAUCCAAAACUGAAGCUCUCAUCUAUUCGGAUUUUUUUUAAAACUGUAGGCACCUGAUUUGCAUAUUGAUUUAAGAGCCACUUAUGUUGCUUGUACGUCUAGUGGACUACAUUUGGGGACAGAAUUCAGUCUUGCCUUAUACACUGGGGAUCAUAAAGUCAAAAUCUCUUUUCUAUGUACUGGUACUGUGUACUGUAUAGACAGUUUAUAAAUGUUAUUUCUGCAAACACCUUCUUACAUAAGAUUGACCACACUGUUUUAGAGUCCUAAUGCCAAGUCAGCAGAUUUGCUUUUGAAUUACUGGCAAUUGAAACUAGCCUCAUUCAGGAAAUUUGUUAACAGUGUUCACUCUAGACACACUUUCUUGUACUUAGUGUAAAUAGGAAUGAAUACUUUAGAUAAACGGUUGGAUUGCCCUUGCAAACUUAUCAUUUUUGCAUUUUAAACCUUUGGCAAAAAUAAUGUGACACUUCAGCUGGUCAUGCUCUGCACAGUAUACACUAAUUGCAGUGGGCACACAGAUAUCUUUUUCCUUGUCAACUUGAUAGGCCACAUUCGACAUGGUGUAUGGAAGUGUGUGCUUGUGUGUAAAAUGAUAUAUAUUAUAUAAAAUAUGACAGGAGUGAUUGCUAAGGGUACCCAAGAAAUUCUAAAGGUGAAUCCAUAUGUUAUGGAUCAGCCAUAAUUUGCAUAUUUAGCUGCUCAGGCAUGAGAUCUAUUCACAUAUGUACUGCGGUGUCUGAGGAAGACACCCAUGGAAGACCAUGAGGCUACUUCUAUGAAAAGGGGCUGCCACACUUUCAGUACACCAAUUUAUAGAAGCGCACGAUCUUCCAGGCUUCUGCUUCAAAGGUCAUACUGCUCAUCUGAGCAGCUAAAUGUGGAAGUUGGGGCCAAAACAUAACACAUCAGUCAGCCUUGAGAAUACAGAUUAUUCUAGAAUCCAGUAAUUGCUUCCUUCUGUCUAUAAUUCUAAAGGUCCAAAUUGCAGGCAAGCAACAUGAGGACGUUUAUGGCUACGGGUAAUUGGGAAAGCAUCAAUCUGCUGGCUCUUCGUUGAGGAUCCAGGAAAGUUAAAAACACAGGCAAAUGUGACUGUGAGUGUUUCACUGGAAAUGUAAAAUCUUUUUGUGUUUUAGAGUAUUCGUUUUAGUAAGAAAAGUUUACACCGCUUGUGGAGAGUUAUU